AGGAAGUGUAGUCAUUGUGGGGGGGCGAUUUCCUUCCACGCUCAUUGCUGACCCGGAUCGUGAGGGAGGAGGCACGAACUAUCAGGCGGGAAAGCUGAGAAGAUGGGCCGCAGAAAGUCGAAGAGAAAGCCUCCACCUAAGAAGAAGAUGACGGGAAAUCUCGACACCCAGUUCACGUGUCCAUUCUGUAACCACGAGAAAUCCUGCGACGUCAAGAUGGACAGAGCUCGAAAUACGGGUGUCAUCUCCUGCACAGUGUGCCUCGAGGAGUUCCAGACCCCCAUAACGUAUCUGUCAGAACCGGUGGAUGUUUACAGUGACUGGAUCGAUGCUUGUGAAGCUGCCAACCAGUAGCAUUGUGCCAGGCGGGCGAUCUUAUCAGUUUGUACCAGACGCCCUCUCUAUGUUGACUUGUACUUCCCACCAUGACUUCUUGAGGACAAGUUCAGAGCGCCCUCUGGUGGCAGAAGAUGGCCAGCUUCCAGACUUCACAAUGAAUGAAUGCAGACCUUGGCCGCUAGGGGCUGAAUCUACCGGGGCGCAUUAGAGCAGCGAGAUUAUAGGAUGCUUUAGGGUUAAUUUCUUCUUAUUUUCCCCUCUAGUGAUAAUCGUGUUAUUUAUGUACUAUAUUCGAGGACUCUCCUCCCGCCACCUAGCGUGUGUGCCGGGGUGCUGCAGCCACUGGCUUUUUUGGGGUCCAUACGAUAAAUUUAGUUGCUGACUUUAAGAUCUUGUACUGUCAAUUUUUUAUUUUAUGUUUUGCUAAAAAUGUCAGAAAUGAGUGCACAACUGUAGACGUGGGAAGCCAUACUCUGAGUUGCAUCAUGCCAUGUGCUCCAUUCACAACCAGAGCUGCGACCACAUGCCUUGGUUCAUGGUAGGGGGGAGUUUAUUAAGUCUGUCGUUUCAUGUGUAAGUCUUUAAUAAGAAGCAUGCUGGCGUAAGAUGCCCAAAUUUGAGGCACAGGCCUAUAUUUUGAGCUGGCAUAGAUUUGUGCGAGAAUUUACACCAGAGUAUGCUACAGCUAUUCUAGUAUGGAUGAUUCGGUAUAUUUCUGAAUGCAGCUCUGGGUGUAACUGGAGUAUGUCAGGUCUCACUGCUACACAGCACGGUCUCUGAUGUGAUACGUGGCAGGAGAUCAUCUUCCUCGGUGCACACCAAAGCAUACUGCAUUAUGGGACCUGCUUGUAAAUGCAGCUCUGGGUGUGACUGGAGUAUAUGUCCAUAUGUAACACAAAAUGACAAAAUCAAAGUAUUUGCAACUUUAUUUAAAACUAAUGUCUGUCUCCCUUCAAUGGUGCUCCUGUCCACGGCUCUGUGGUUUUUCUUUUACUCCACGUAGACUGUGGAUGUACCAUGGUGUUGGUAGGGUUAAACUGUGACCAGGUUGUUCUUCCAGAUCUGUUUUUAUGUAUCUGCUGUUGUCAAAGCCCCUCCCCCACAUACUGGGAAAGAGAAGCGUUUCAGAGGCUGCUCCUGUAUCUCACGGCUUCCAGAGUGGUGUGUAGUUACUCAGUUCUACCACAAGAUGGUGCAGUCAUAUGUACAAUAUACAUAUGGACAUAGUGGCCGAUUAAUAAGUGGGUGCCCAUGGGCACACAGUGUGCAGAGGCAGAAGGUGAGACCGCCAUCUUGUAUACCUGUGAUUUUUAUUUUAUUUGCCAGAUCAGUCCCAAGCAGAAGUGUUUAAUGAUAACGGACUAGAAAUGAUGACUUUUACUUUCCAGUUUUAUUUUGUAGGUAAUGAAUGCGGUGUACGUAACUCAGAGCAGAGAUCUGUUACCACUUUGAUGUAAAAGUGAUAAAAAAAAAAAAUUCUACCCUCACUUUUUAUAAUAAAAAGUGCUGUGAUAUAUGAACCAAGUCGAGAAGUUUUGUAAAGGGGUGCGAGGUUGUGACCAGGAGGUGAAUCUGUGUUGUAGUGUGUCCUUUACUGGUGGAGUACAGAUUCCUGACAUACAUGCGCUCCGCACCAGGCGCCGGCUAUAGACUGGAAGCUUUGCCUCACAUCAGACCAUUGGUCAGUGUGUACGUUUAUAAGCUGUCUGGCCUAAAGGGGUUUUCUGGGCGUUUUAUAUUGAUAACCUAUCCUCUGGAUAGGUGAUCAGUGGCGUCCAACACCCGGGACCCUCCGCCAGUCAGCUGUUUGAGAAGGCAGCAGCCCUCCUGUGAGCGCCUUCUCUUAACUUUUUCUAGGCUAGUGACAACACAUUCAAUGGUCACGUGGCCUAGGAGCAGCUAAGCCCCUUAGAAGUGAAUGGGGCUGAGCUGUUAUACCAAGCACAGCCACAAUACAAUGUACGGCGCUGGGCUUGGUGAGCUGAGAGAAAGCUGCGGCGCUAAUGUGGGUACUGGUGCCUUCUCAAACAGCUGAUCGACGAGGGUCAGUUUUUUUUUUGUUUUUUUUUCUAUUAAAAUAAUAUUUUUAAAAAAGUGUUUUUCCCCCUCCUUGCUACGCCACUCCUACCCAUCACUGCAGCCAUGAUGUCAUGUAUUUGGCUGCAAUGAUGUCGUUUUUUUAUGCCGCACAUGGCUGCAGUGGUCACAUGUUGUUAAUGUGGCUUUACCACUGUUGCCAGGUAUAUGGAGCCUGGCUGGGAGAAGCCGUGCUGAAUCUGGUAAGUACUGAGCAGUUCUUUAUUGCUACAGCACCCCCACAGGAGAAAUUAAAGUGUUACUCCAGGUAUACCGUAAACAAGUUUUCAGAAAUUAAUAGUACAGGUAACUAUAAGAAACUUUGUAAUGUGUCUUUUAUUAAAGAAUGAUGCUUCCUCUUGA